CCGUGCGUACAUAUUAAUAUCUGGUGGUGGACAGAGCGGUCAGUGACGCUCAUAUUUGACGACGGAUUUCACCAUGACGCAGGAAAAUACUAGUCCAGAUUUUGUGGAGAUCGAUUCUAAUACUCGGACAGAUGAUGAGUCGGGGUAUGGGGAGAGUCUGCAAUCAGAAUGGACAUCGCUGCGCAGCAGUAUCAUGGAAUAUAAUUUUGAAAACGGUCGACGCUAUCAUGCUUACCAUGCGGGCUCAUAUUGGGGCCCAAACGACGAAAAGGCCAUGGAACAGCUAGAUAUAGGACACCAUGUCUUCAACCUCCUCCUAAACGGACGACUCCAUCUUGCGCCAAUACCAGGGAAUGUUGGGCGAGUCCUCGACGUCGGAACAGGGACUGGUAUAUGGGCCAUCGACUUCGCAGACAUGCACCCCUCCGCAACAGUCAUCGGAACAGAUCUCUCACCCAUCCAACCAGCCUGGAUCCCACCCAACCUCCACUUCGAAGUUGACGACUGCUGCGAUGAAUGGGUAUACAGCAGAGACAGCUUCGACUUCAUCCACGUCCGCGGUCUCUACGGCUGCGUAGUAGACUGGGACAGAUUUUACAAAGAAGCACUCAAACACCUAAAGCCAGGCGGUUAUAUGGAACAAGUCGAAGUCUCGGUGGUCCCCAAAUCCGACGACAGAAGCACGGACAACACGAUCUUCGAAGAAUGGGGCAAGGUCUCGCUGCAAGCGGGAGAUGCAUUCGGGAAGACGCUCCGGAUAGUCGACGAGGCGAAGGACAGGAUGAUCAAGGCGGGUUUUAUCGACGUACAAGAGCAUCGGUUUAAGUGUCCUAUCGGCCCGUGGGCGAAGGAUGAACGGUUGAAGGUGUUGGGGAAGUAUAAUCGGUUGGAGUGGGAGACGGGCAUUGAUGGGUGGACUAUGAUGCUUUUGACUAAGGUUUUAAAUUGGACGCGUGCAGAAGUAGAGGUUUACCUUGCGCGCAUGCGCCAUGGACUUAGAGAUCCCAGUAUCCAUGCCUACCAAGAGAAGGUAGUAGUUUACGGCCGCAAACCGGAAAACCAAAUGAUGUAUGCAGCAGAGUGCCAGUGAUGUCAAGGAGAACUCAUUCCAUGGGUCACAAACGCCAUGCCUAUAGCUAAAAGAACAAGGCCCUUGGAUUGAGAUCUAUAUGUCCCAAGGGACUACCGUGCGCGCAUGAUGUCAGCGGCAGCUACUCCCGGUAGGCUAUUGAAUACACAUAGACCGACAACUACUUACAUUAACACCCUUUUUAAGGGAUGUUUAUCCUUUUUUUAAAAGGGAUGUUGGCGUGUUUAUACGUCAUUGUUCCUGUAUACGUCCGCAUCCCGUAUAGGAAGUGGAUGAAGGGAUUUGAUGAGUGGCUUGUAGGCUUAGAUAUGUAGUAGUAGGUUAACUUGUGCGCAAUGACGUAUUUAAAGUAGGAUGGCAUAUAUAUUGCCUAUUAAUGUUGAGUUCGA